AUGUCUGGAACUGCCGCUACACCAGCGCCUACCUCGACAGACCCACUCCAACAAAGGCUCGCCCAGAUCGAUGCAGACUUAGACGAGGCAUACACUCGAUGCCACGACAACUACAGGCGCAUGGAAAGGUACCGACACAACUACAACGUUGAGCGGAACGGCAUAAUCCUUGGUGGCGGCGACCCGUUCAGGAUCGUACCUGUAUUUACGCCUGAAUCCUUCAAAAUGUGGUCUAGGGUAUACCUACUGAAGAGGCUGAGGUCCAGGACUGCUGAACUGAAGAAGGAGCAGAGGAGUUUGCAUGUGUGGUGCAUUGAAGCGAAACAGGAGAGGGAGGACAUUCUGAACGAGAUUAAAAGGAGGACCGUCGAUAAUGGAAUUUAUGGCUAUACUGAUGGGGUGGGGCCGGAAGAGGCUGGGCCCGGUGGGGCUUAG